AUGGCAGCCCUGGGCGAUGUGGUGGGCUUCCUCGCCAUGUACAUCCCGGACUCGCUCUUCCCGUUCGCUGUGGCGUUCGGUCUGCCCGUCGUCAUGUACGGCAUCAUCUCGCUGCUGGAGCUGAUCAUCUUGGGCACCAAGCGAGACCAAACGCAGAACCAGCGAAGAAGGCAGGCGCCGCGUGGCGUCAUGCAGAUGAGCCGCGCACUAUACGAGCAGCUGGACGGCGACAUGCUGCAGCUGCUCAUGAGCAACCGCGACUUCGAUAGCAACGACUACGAGCGCCUCAUGCGGCUCGAGGCGCUGAACGAGCGCCGAAACGAGGGCGCCACACCGCAGCAGAUCCAGCAGCUGCCCAUCGUCGCAGUGACGGAGAGUAUGCUAAAGGCAUCCGAGAAUGCUUGCUGCACAGUGUGUCUUAGCGCCUUCCAGGUGAACAGCCCAGUGCGCAUGAUGCCUUGCUUCCAUCGGUUCCACCCGCAAUGCAUCGACCCGUGGCUUCAGGAGAAGGGGUUGUGUCCAAUAUGCAAGUUUCCUGCCAUCGCCUAA